UUUCCAAUCAAUCGUGUUCACGACAUCGCGUCGGCCCCACGCGAUCUUUCCCACCAAACGACGGUCUGUGAUGGAAGUUCACUUUCUGGGCACUGGGCCCUCCACAGGCGUGCCGUCUAUCCGGUGCCUCCUCAGCGACAAGUUGUGCACCGUGUGCCGUGACGCCCACACGAACGUCAAUUCCAAGAACCACCGAAACAACCCGAGCUUGCUCGUCCGGCAUAACGACCGGAACGUUCUCAUCGACUGCGGCAAAACCUUUCGGGACAGCGUCCUGCGUGUAUUUCCAGCGCACAAAAUCAGCCAUAUCGACGCUGUCUUGCUCACGCAUGGACACGCCGACGCUUGUCUUGGCUUGGACGACCUGCGGGAGCUGCAGGUGCUCCAAACCACCCGUUGUGAGGAGACGGGCGAGCUGAAAAAGAUCGCAACGACGCCGCUGCUGCUGCACUGCCACGCACGGACGAAAGCGGAGGUUCUGCCCAAGUUUGAAUACCUCAUGGACAAACCACUCCUGCCGGGUGCCACGUACCGCUGGACGGCCAAGCUGGAUUGGGCGCUGUUCGAAGAUUUUGACACGUUUACUGCUGCAGGUAUCACAUUCACGGCCCUGCCAGUGCUGCACGGGAAAGGGUACAUUUGCAACGGGUUUGAAUUUGGCAGCGAAGUGGGCGCCCGGUUUGUGUACUUGUCCGAUCUCACGGAGGUGACCGACGCAACAGUCGUCGCGUUGACCAGGUCGUCCGUGGCCAGACCGAUUGACGUCCUCGUCAUCGACGCGCUGUACUUGGAAGACGUUCAUGGGGCGCACAUGAACUACCCACAAGCGAUGGAAGUGGCCAAGCUGCUGCGGCCCAAGAAAACCUACUUGAUUGGCAUGGGUGACGACUUCGACUAUGCCCAAACGAACACUGUCAUCCGUACGGAAAUGCUGCAAAACCAUGGCCUAGACGUCGAAAUGUCGUUCGAUGGGCUAACGGUACAGCUUGGCUGAGGAAUGGGGUCGACGACGCAAGCAGUGCUAGCCAAGUGUCGAAGACGCAAUGAUUUUCUACUUCCCCAGGCCGCGAAUGAGAGUGGUUUGGCAAGCGGACGGCGACGUAGCCAUGAAGCUUAGUAUAUGCUUUGUGCAUUUACCUACAAAUGAUCAGGCCGAUGACAUGCGGCGUUGACCAAAUGUGGCGAUAGUUCAAGUGCGGCACUUCCUGAACCGCUCGAGUUCUGUCGCCGGAAGUUCAUACAGAGGAACCCUUGCUCGUCAAACGGUUCCGAGACUUUCGCAAACCCGAGGCUUGUGUAGAACUUUUCGAGAGUCGCCAAGCCGCAGACGUCAAUCGCACGAUGGGGCCAAUGCGCUUGGCAUACCUCGAUGGCUUUGGUAACGAGGGUGUGUCCAACGCCAGCGCCGCGCGCGUGCGUCGCAACGACGACCCGGCCGAUGCUCGGUUCAGCUUUUUCGGGGCCAAGGGUGUGUGGAGGAACGAGGCGAGCGUACGCAACCAACUCGUGGUUCUGGUCCCGCCCGACGAGGUGGAAGCAAACUUGGUCGUGACCGUCAAGGUCGCCCAGGACCUUUUGCAUUUCCACGACAAAUGUGUUGGCCCGAAGUUGGAGGAUGUCGUAGAGUGCGCAUACGGUCAAGUCAUAGAACGAUGAGCACGUCCACUCGAUCGUCGACGGGCUGACCUUCGCCAUUUUUCAAUCUCCCGAUCCGCCUUUC